AUGGGUGCGCGUGAUGACGGACGACUGACCGCUCGAGGAUGGAAACGCGCGAAUAGGGAGCUGCAUAAGAACCCGGACGUCGUCUUCGCGGGGUACAAGAACCCGCACCCGACGGAUCACCGCGUGAUACUGAAAGUGCACACGAACGCGAACACGACCCCGGUGCAGGCGCUGAGGGACGCGGUGACGAAUCUUCGCGCCGAGGUGAGCGACAUCGCGCAGCAGUUCGCGGACGAGAUCAACAAGCAUAGCCAACGAGCGGUGGUUCCGUGCGAUCGCCUCGACGCGCGAUCGCGCGUCGACGGAGACCGAUCGACGCCUUCGUCGCCGCGCGUCCUUCGUCCGGCGCGCGUGGAAGGAUAUUUGAUAGCCACGCCGCAUCGAGUUCGGAAUUCCUCGACGCAAUCCCGCUUCUCCGUGCCGUGGUUCUGGAACCCGUGCUUGGAUUAUCGCGUGGAGCCGAUCGAACUUCCUGAAGACUUGCCAUGGUGUCGUCCCAAACCCGCCGAGGGGUCGUUUCGGACGACGGCUUCGCAUGGCGGAGAUAACGUCGUGCACGACUGCUACGGCGCCAACGCGUUCAAAUCCCUCGCCAGGUCGCACCCCGCCGUCACAGCGAUCCACCACAGCGACUUAGAAAUUCUUUCCAGCGGCGCUGUCGUCCAUCGAGACCCCUCCACGCGAUGA